AAGGCUGGGCCAGCUGGGGACAGGGACAAGAAAGGCAAGAGGAUGGGUGUGGCUCGAGUACCGUGGUGAGGCGAGAGCCACGGGAUGAAUCCUUUUGCCUAUCCACGCAGAGGAGCAACUAUUGAGACUGAACACAGAGCUGUGGGCCCCAGUGGAAGGGUGCUAAUCUCCUGGUCAGUGCAGGAGGGGAUAUUAGCUCAUCUGAUAGCUCAGAUUAAGCUCAGGGGGCUUUAAGCGCAAACAAACUGCUUUACAUUGUGUGAUCAGGUCGACCGAGGACCACAAGCACCAUGAGAGCUGUCCAGUACUGUCCGCUGCUCCUGUUUUCCCUGGUCCUGCUAGCAACCAAUUGUAAAGCUCUGCAAUGUUAUACCUGUAUGGGCUCCAAUAACGCUGACUGCAACCGGCAAGGCUCCAAAUCUUGUCCCAGCUACUCUGAUGCCUGCGCUGUGGUGGUGGGCCAUGACAGUGAGUCCAACAGUGACAGUGGGGUGAUGAAGUCGUGCUCCUACAAGUCUUUCUGUAGUCAGGCCAACAGCCAGGGCUACAGAGCACCAGGUGUCCGAGUUUACUGCUGCUACGCUGAUGACUGCAAUGUGACCAGCUUUGCCUCACGGCUGCCAGGACCCAACUAUCUGCUGCUGUUUCUGCCUCUGUUCUUCCACUGCUUUUUCAAGUAAACAUACAUACUGCUCAACUUCACCAUGCCAACAAGUAUCCAUCUGCGACAAAAAUGCCAACUACUGUUGUUCUAAUUUACUCCAAAAAUGCCAAAUAACUAUGCCUAAUUUUACACUGCAUGCUGUAUUACCAUUCAACUCUGCUUUCAUUUACCUUAUUUAUCCAAACAGAAGCCUAUACAUUAAGGAGUUACUGUACAGGAGCUUGAGGUGCCAGGUGUGACUGGAUUAUUCACACCAUGUUGGAUUGAAUCCAUUAAGCAAUAGUCAAGUAGAUGCGUCUUUCAAUGGAUUGCACUAAGAAUAACUAAUAACUAGAGGAUCCUAAGGUACAUGCUUAAAUAACAGGCAGAGAUAAUUCAUUAGAAUUCAUGUACUAUUUGUUUCCUACAUUCGCGAGGAUGAGAUGCUGUUUAUCAGUUUCAUCAGCAUGCAAUGUGUGAAACUACAGGAUAACAGAAACAAGACCAUCUCUUUCAGUUCUUACUAAUCACUUUUCAAGUUAGGUUUUACUGCUGUCUCUGUCUUCUUUUUCACCUACAUACCUAUACACCCAAGGAUCUCAGCUGGUGUUGCAGCAGAUGUUCCUGUGGCUAAAUAAUGGCACCAAGAGUUCAAUCAGCUGGUGUGUUGUUAAGGCAUUUAGCCUUCUAGUUGUCAGGCACACUUCUGACAAACUGUGGGAGAUAUUAGAGAUUAACCUGUUCCGUGAGUUAAUCCACUGCGUUUGAAGUCACUUAAAGAAUUACUGAGUUUAUAAACAGAGUCUGAGCACGAGGAUGGCCUAUAAGUAGAGGCUACUGUAUAUAUUGUAUAGAAAAUUAAAUAAAAAAAUUAAUAAUGUCAA